AUGCGCGAAACUUCAGCUCGAAUAGCGGUCUAUGGCCCCUAUCUGAAGCCUCCGCUGUGCUCAGGUCUUCGUGUAUUGGAGAAGCGGCUUUCAGGACAGACAGAUUAUCCGUUAUCUGGUUGUCUCAGUGUGCUCUUUGCUCACACAGUUUCGAGUGAUAGGACUCUAGAAACUAUCCACAGUAUCAUGUUCUGGGCAUAUCAAUACCAGUUGAAUGUAACCAAUUACGGCAACCCAAGCGGCCUUACACGAAGCUAUUGGACGUUGGACUACUCUCUGGUAGUGCACGGAGUAAUCACCGCUCUCGUACAAGCAUACUAUUCCUAUCGCUUGUACACCCUAUCAGGAUGGGUCGUGAUCAGUGUAGUAGCUUGGACCGGUUCUCUGCUCGAAGUAGUUGGAUCAACGUACUGUGCCUAUGCUCUGGCCACUGCCAAACACCCAUAUCAAGAUAAUAUCUAUCGAGCCGCCAUUGUGACGGCAGCCCUAGACGUCUCCAUUGACAUCAUCAACACCAGCUCGCUGUGCUAUUGUCUGUACAAAAAACGCACCGCUGCCAGAAGGUAUAUGCAUUUUCGUUGGACCAUCGAGAGCGGCAUGGUCACAGCCAUCAUGGCUGUGAGCAUAAUGGUUACGUCUAUCGUGAUCCCGCGCACUGCGAUUUUUUCCUCGAUAACUGCAUUCUACCCCAAAGGUUUAACUCACGGGGUCCAUUUGGCCCGAGCAAGCUGA